AUGGAGCAGCUGAAGAAGCUUGGGGGCGAGGCUUCCCAGCGCCCCCGUCACCACACUCAUGCUUCCUCUCUUUGUUGCUUCAGAUGUGAGCGUAGUGGAUUCGUAGUCCUACUGCUACUGUGGUGGCGGCGAUGGCAAGGCUUCAAGUUGGAGGACACUGCAUGCUGGCUCGGUGUAGAGCUCACCCUCGCCGAUUCACUCUCUAGAGCAACCUCCAAUGGACAGGAGGACACUGCCGAGUUAAUAUUCAAUGGCGUCACGGAACAUCGAUGCAGAAACAGGCAUCGUUUCAGACAUGUCACUGAUGCAGGCCAUGUGCCAUGUCAGCGAUUGCCGAUUUACCAUGCGCAUGCACUCUGCUUCGCCGGUGAAUGGAUACCGACGACUCGACUCGGUGGCCGCACAGAUCAAGGUCUCCUCCAACCACGUGCCGUCGUCCUCUCAACUGCAGGCCGCGGGCCUUCUUGUGUCGGCUUCAUUAUUGCCUUCUGCUGCGCUGAGAGCUUGAGGCGUACAGGCCGUGGCUAA